AUGUCAUCGCUGUUGUGGAUAUUGGCGGCGCUUGUGGUCGUCGGGCUCGGGCGCGCUGAGGAGGGAUCGCCGGCCGCGUCGACUGAUGGAGAACGGCUGCUGCAAUCCAUUGGCUUUAAGCCGCUUCAGAGCAAUGCAUUGACUGGCUCACGACCCAACAUUGUUGUCCUUUUUGUGGAUGACUUUGGCAUCGGCGAUGUCGGAAUCUACAAUUCCAAAUACAAUGAUACCCCCAACAUGGACAGUCUGGCCCGGCGUGGUAUGCGCUUCACCGACUUUCACGCCAUGCCACUCUGUGGCCCCUCCCGUGCCACUCUACUGACGGGACGUCUUGGCCUUCGCAAUGGCAUUACUGGAAACUUCAGCCCGCUCAGCCUGUAUGGUCUUCCCCUCAACGAGACUACCAUUGCUGAGGUCUUGCAGGGUGAUUACCUCACGGCCAUGGCAGGCAAAUAUCACCUGGGAAUUCAACCCGAUUAUAAUCCGGUACGACGAGGCUUUGACCGCUUCCUCGGACUGGCCACCAGCCACGACUACGGAUGCACGAAUACUGCUUUUCAGGCACAGCCCCAGGUUGAAUGCCCCAAUUAUAAGUUUGAUACGUGCAGUGCCUACGGCAACAGCCACGCUGACCCCUCAUCCUGCCACAUUGGGCCCAACAAUCCCUGGAAGGAGAGCGUGCCCCUUUUUGGCAACUACAGCAUCGUGGAACAGCCCGUCAAUUUAUGGAAUCUGACCGAGCGCUAUGUCGACUUUGGUAUCCAGGCCAUGCACGACGCCCACACCGCGCACAAGCCCUUCUUUCUUUACGCCGCUUUUAACCACAUGCACGUGCCCAUCACCAGCCACCCGGAUUUUGACAACAGCAGCACCUCCAACGGACAAUACGAGCAUGGCCGCGUGUACGGCAAUGCCCUCCGCGAGUUGGAUCACCACAUUGGUCGCCUGAUCACCGCCAUCGAUGACAUGGGCAUCCGCAACAACACCAUCAUCUUUCUAACAGGUGACAACGGUGGUUCCUCGUUUGAGUGCCAGUAUGGUGGCUCCAACUGGAUCUACAAUGGCACUUGGCUGCGCAUGCACGGCGGUGGCGGAGGAACUGGCAAGACAACGACAUGGGAAGGUGGGCAUCGCGAAGCGGGCAUCGUCUCAUGGCCCGGCAAGAUUGCCGAAGGCUCGAUCAGCGAAGCUCUCACCGGCACCAUCGACUACUUCCCCACCAUUGCCAACCUGGCUGGCAAGAGUCUGCCUGCUCACCGGUAUUUUGAUGGGCUGGACAUGGCUCCAAUCCUGCUCAACGCAAGCGCUCGGGGUCACACCAGCAUGUUUCAUCCCUCAUACGGAGAGGGCAGCCCACACUUUGGUGCGAUUGAGACCAUCCGCGUUGGAGAUUACAAGGCCAAGUAUCGCAUCAGUAAUACUGCUGGCUGCAAGGACUGGCCCGACUCGCAGAUUGGCCACGGCGGCACCAAGUAUCUGCCAAAGCCACUCAUCUUCAACCUUAGAACCGAUCCCUCCGAGGCUCGACCCCUGGAUGAGAACAGUAUGGAGUACGGGACCGUGCUCAACGCGAUUGGCGAGGCCUGGGCGGCUUUCAAUCAUACAGUCGCCAUGGACAACACGACCAAAGCCAACUUUGCACAAGACUCCACUUGCACCCCCGAGCAUUGCAUCAAGCCCUGCUGCUCCACCAGCACUCCCCUCUGCACAUGCCACUAA